AUGUCGUCCGAUUACCCCGAGCCAGACUUUGAAAUGAUGGCCAUAUAUAACGAAGAACUAGCAGCGUACCACAGAGAGGUAGCCGAGAGCUACCGCGCCAGGCUUCGCGAAGAACAAGCUGCCGCACGCGGUCAGGCCUACGACCAGAGUCGCUCCAUCGCUCAGAGAGAGGCAACCACUCGCUCUACCAUUCCUAUUCGUGUUUCCAAUCCGGAUCGCCGCAAUGAAGCUCAUCGUCGCGCUUCGGUUGGGAGUGUCACUGCCAUCCAGGGUCGUGCAGCGACGCACAAUGCCACUCCCGCUCGUUCCUCAACUCCGGCUCGCCGUAACGGCUCUCAGCGGCGCGCCACCAUGUCGAGUCUCACUGCUGCUCAGGGCCACGCAGCGACUUACGCUGCUAUUCCAGCUCGACCGGGUAGUGGUACUCCGGCUCCCAUCGCUAGGCCGGCUCGCCCAGAUACCCCGGUGCCCACUUCCACCCUGGCUCAUCCACCCGCUCAGGAACGCCCUACUGUUCAGGGUCUUAACGAUAUCGUGAAGCUCUUGACAGACACUCUUGGCAAGAUUGAGGCUUUGGGGACCCGCAAGGACAAGAUGGAUACCAAGAUGGACAAGCAGACGGACAUGCUGGAAAAGAUGAGCCAGAGCGACAACCACACGAAGCAAAACGUGGUUAAGAGGACUCCAUCCGAUCACGAGAACAGGCAGAUCCAUGCCUCGACCUACAACGAACAAGCCCGCCGCGAAAACGGCCAGCGCCGCCACUUCAUAGGCAUCCCUCUCGUACCACUUAGAUCUAUUCGCAAAGACGGUUUCGUCCCCUACUUCCCUUGGACGAUGAGCGAGAUCAACACCAUGGACAACGACACUAUGAAGACCGUGUUGUGGCACUUGGGCUGCGAAGCGUCCACAGACCCCGCCGUGAUGAAGAACAUGCUCUUGUCUGCUAUAGGCCUUUUGCCUUUGAGCGCUUAA